AUGUCUUUUGAGAGCACUUCAAAGCCCGAUGAGCCGCUCAUGAGCGGCGAAGAUGGGUAUCUUGAAAAUCAAACAAGCUACAAAUCCUCGAAGCCCCAGUCAAAGCGAUUUAACGUCUGGAAAGUGGCCUUCGGUGUCAUUGCAGCUGUUGCAAUUUUUGGAUUGGGUGUUGUGACGGGCAAUCAUUUACCAGCGACGCACCAGGGCUUACUAGCCCCGGAGGGCAACGUCAAGGUAUUCAUGGAAUACAACAGCACUUUCACCCUCCAUCCCUCCCCUGAGAGUGAUGCCGCUUGGGACUCGUUGUUCCCAAAAGGCAAGGGAUUCGUUCGACAUGACAAAAUUGCACCCGAAACCUCGGGAUUGGUCGUCUACCAUGGUCUUCACUGUCUGAAUGCACUCCGCGGUGUUUACUAUGCUUCCGUUGAUGGAGUGCACACACGUGAUAUGGAGGAGCACGCCCAGAUGAACCAUAUGACUGACCCGCAUCAUGUCCGUCACUGCUUUGACUACCUGCGACAAAGUCUUAUGUGUUCGGCCGAUACCAAUUUGGAGCCGAUAACGAAGGAGUUGAAGGGUGUGACUGGGUGGGGAUUUACAAGGACUUGUCGCGAUCUGGAUAGUGUUAAGGCAUGGGCGGAGGAAAAUUGGUCUAAUGAUAUAUGA